GAUGUGACGGGCCGCGUGUUUCCUCUUCUUCUCGUUAAAACAAAAUUAACGUUAUACACAGAAUAAACAAUUUUAUUUCGCAAAUGGAAGAAUUAAAAUAGUUGUAGUUUGAAAUGAUUACAAGCUUUCUAAAUAAUAAUUCACUUUUUCAGUCUACGAUUUUGAUUCUCUCAAACAGUCAUGAUGUUCAAACUCCUCUUGCUGUGUUUAAUGAUUUGCUCAACUACUUACUCAUUUAAAAUUUUGGUCUUGUUUCCGACGCCUUCCUUUAGCCAUCAACGUCCAAUUAUGGCCUUGACAGAGAAGUUAGUUAAAAAAGGUCAUGAACUUUUCGUGGUCAGCCCGAAUAAAGUGCAGGAAUUGGAGCAGCAUGAUAACUACACAUUCAUUGAUGGUUCGUUCUCCUACAAGGUUCUUGCGGAUGAGUUGAAAAACUCCGUAUUGUCGCUGAAAGGAGAAAUGUCCAAUUACGAAAUGCUAAAAAUAGGUUGGGCAGCAAUUGCGAAGGCAGCGGAAAGUCAAUUUGGUAGUGAGACAUUCUUGCAGUUUGAGCGGCGCGUGGAAUCGGAGAAAAUUGUCUUCGACGUGGUCAUCGUGGAGGCUCUACUUAUACCGCACACAUGCGGGAUGGCACGAAAACUAACUGGCGCUGUACCCAUUGUGUCCAUUUCAUCAUUUCCAGUGGACGUUCUUGCUGAAAGAUAUAUAGGAAACAUGGUUCAUACGUCCUUUGCGCCUUCUCUCCUCAGCGAUUACACCAACAAAAUGUCUUUUUGGCAAAAACUUAAUAACUGGUCUCGAGAUAUAUGGAUGAUUUAUCAUAAAUAUCGCAUUAUGGAUGGCGCUGCCAAGCAGCAUUUCAAGAGAAUGUACGGUUUUGGAGAAGAAAGUCUUGUCGAUGGGUGCUAUGAAAAUAUUAGUCUUGCGUUAGUGACGUCAAAUUCACUGAAUUUUUAUCCAAGAUCUCUGAGUUCGAAUAUCAUAGAAACUGGACCCCUGCACUUGAAAACUCCUCAGCCGCUACCUCAAACUCUGCAAAGUUGGCUGGAUGGCGCAGAGGAGGGGGUAAUCUAUUUCAGCUUUGGAAGCAAUAUAAGAGUUGAAUCAAUGCCUGCUGAGGUGCUUCGUAAUUUUCUCAAAGUUUUCAGGGAGCUAUCACCUCGAUAUCGAGUCGUUUGGAAAGCGAAAUUCGAGGCUGCGGCCCCAGACAUACCCCAAAAUAUUCUGAUGGAAAGCUGGUUGCCACAACACGGUAUUUUGGUGCACCCGAAAGUAAAACUCUUCAUAACGCAUGGUGGUUUCCAGAGCCUCCAGGAGGCAAUGCACUAUGGAGUUCCAACGGUGGGCAUACCGCGAUACGGAGAUCAGCACUGUCUCGUGUCGAAAAUGGUGGAUGCGGGGAUUGGAGUGCGGCUUCACUUGAACGAUCUGUAUUCAUCUGAGAAAAUCAAAGAGGCCAUCGAGGAGGUACUGCACGGAGCGAGGUACUCCAAGAACGCGAAAAAACUAUCUGCA